CGUGCCUUGGAGUUCCGGGGCUCGGAGCGGACCCGGAAGUUCCGGGUGGAGUUCCGGGUGCCAACGAGUCUUCUGACUGGAGAAAUGGCCACGCUCUGUCUCUUUGACAUGGAUGGGACCUUGACUGCCCCGCGGCAGUGCCAGGACGGAGGCCACUCCAGGUACUAGAUAAGCUACAGGGAAACUGCCUCUGUGUCCCUGGAUAGCAAAGAAGAGCCUGGUGACCAGAAUGUGCUUUCAGCAUUUGGAACGAUAUGCUUGCAGUGAUCACGGUCAAUUGCAGCAAUAAAAGAAAACUAACUUAGAAGUGAAGUCUCCUAUAUGCUGGGUACUGCAAUUAAAAUACUCCAGCAACAGAUCUAUGUAUCAUCAGCCUUCCCUCCCUCCAUCCGUGUGCAUCGUCAAACAUCACUAAUCACAGUGCAGUCUAGAAGAGGAAGAACAAGUCACCUUUCACUGUGAUUGUUGUAACGGGAUAUGACCUCUGUGGAUCCCAUGUGAUUAGCAUGGACUCAGAGAAAAUUACAAAAGAAAUGGAUGGCUUUCUUCAAAAAUUGAGACAGAAGACCAAGAUUGGAGUGGUAGGUGGGUCAGAUUUUGAGAAGCUGCAAGAGCAACUGGGAAAUGAUGUGGUUGAGAAAUACGAUUAUGUGUUUCCAGAGAAUGGCUUGGUAGCGUACAAAGAUGGGAAGCUAUUGUGUAAACAGAAUAUUCAAGGUCAUCUGGGGGAGGCUGUGAUCCAAGACCUGAUCAACUACUGUCUGAGCUACAUUGCAAAAAUUAAACUCCCUAAGAAAAGGGGAACUUUCAUUGAAUUCCGAAAUGGCAUGUUGAAUGUGUCCCCCAUUGGAAGAAGCUGCAGCCAAGAAGAACGAAUUGAGUUCUAUGAGCUCGAUAAAAAAGAACAUAUACGGCAAAAGUUUGUAGCAGACCUCAGGAAGGAGUUUGCAGGGAAAGGCCUCACGUUCUCCAUAGGCGGCCAGAUCAGCUUUGAUGUGUUUCCUGAUGGUUGGGACAAGCGCUAUUGCCUGAGGCACCUGGAGCAAGCUGGCUAUAAGACCAUUUAUUUCUUUGGAGACAAGACUAUGCCAGGUGGCAAUGACCAUGAGAUCUUCACAGACCCCAGAACUGUGGGCUACACAGUGACAGCACCUGAAGACACACGCAGGAUCUGUGAGGAGCUCUUCCCUUAACCGCAGAGGAAUGCACUCCUGGUCAACAACACUGAAAGGGGCAUCGGAUGAUGAAAACGACAAGCCAUCCAGAAUCAUCCAUCUGGGAUAGGACUGAAGACUUCCAUGACAUGCUCCCACUCUGCAGUCUGUGGUGGAGGCUGGGGCAUGACCAAAGGGCUAAUGUCUGUUUUCAAGCCAGCUUCCCAUCUGUGAGCCGCAGACCAGUGUGAUCUGCCUGAGGUAGAUGGCCAAGCGACAGCUGAUCCCACAGUUUGCACCUCCACUGGCUUGGCCGUCUCUGUUUGCUACAUCUGAAAGCCAGACUGCUCUCCUGUCUCCAGCAGGAGGGGAAGACAGAGGACCCAACAAACCAGAACCUCGCUGUGGUCCUCUUUAACCCCCAAGCUGCCCAACCCAGGUAACAGACACAGUUCCUGAGGCAUCAGAGGCAGCUUCGUGGUCACAGCAACAGGAGCUCCCAGUCUCCAGCCUCUCAGAGUGCACAUGCCUCCCCCAGAACCUUAGGGACAGCCUUCCGUGAUCACUUCCCAGGCAGAGCUUCUCAUGCCUGUAAACGGUUCUGCAGCCUGACUCCUCGUCGGGAGCCUCCAGCCACUGUGUGUUUCCAUUGCACUACCCUUGGCUGCCCACAUGGGCACCUGCUGCUGGCGCCUGCACCUCUGUCCAUCCCCUCAGGAGAGUGCCAGGACCUCAGCCUGUGGCAUCCUUGGGUUUUAUAGCAGUGCUGUGAAACACUACAGGGACUGUCCCUCUCUUCUCAGUCAGAUCUCUUUAACCCUCAGUGUCUAAUGGGUGUCUACCCAGGUUUGCAGAGAAUUUGGGUUCUGAGGGCCUCUCCCGGCUCUGCUCUAGUGAUGCUGGAGCCCCUAUCUGUCCUGGCUGUGGCAGUUCCCAGCCGGCCCAGAGGCUGCGUGCUACCUGCAGGUCCAGUGCCUCCUGCCAUGUCAGGUGGACUCCAGGCCUUGCCAGUUCCUACAGCGGCUAUCACAGAUCCCCUCCCCCACUGGCUUCAUUCAACUGUCCCACCUAAUAAAGAGCCUCUGCUAAGUCA